CAAAAGCGGCCAGAACAUCACAAGAACGUCCGACUUCCUGUCACUUGGCCCGGAGCCCACGCAAGCCAGGAGAGGACGUCUGGGGGGAAAAAAGAAAUCGGUGUUCCCGCACCAGGAUAGUCGGGGAACGCGCCCGUCUGAAGAGUCCAUUAACUUUCAUUGGCGACUUCAUGUUGACAAAUGUUAGCCGUGGGGCAGAUGGAGGCUAACCGGCAGAGUGCUUUCGUCCUGGGCAGCACCCCGCUGGCGGCGUUGCACAACAUGACCGAGAUGAAGACGUCCCUGUUUCCUUACGCGCUGCAGCAGAGCCCGACGGCUGCAGCGGCGGCGGCGGCGGCUGCUGCCGCGGCGGCCGGUUUCAAAGCGCCGUCGCUGUCCAGCCUCAACUCGCAUCUGGCCAGCGGGGCCACCCCGCACGGAAUAAGCGACAUCCUGGGGAGACCCAUCACCACCGCUGGUCAGCUGCUUUCCGCCGGCUUCCCGAGGAUCAACGGCAUCAACGGGCUGGCCAGCACCGCCGCCGCGGCCGCCGCCGCCGCCGGGAUGUACUUCGGCCCCGCCGUGUCCCGUUACCCCAAGCCGCUGGCCGAGCUCCCAGGGAGGGCGCCCAUCUUCUGGCCGGGCGUCAUGCAGGGAUCCCCGUGGAGGGACCCGCGCGUGCCCUGUCCCUCUCAGUCAAGCCUGAUGAUGGACAAGGAUGGCAAGAAGAAGCACUCCAGGCCCACUUUUUCUGGCCAGCAGAUUUUUGCACUGGAAAAAACCUUUGAGCAGACCAAGUACCUGGCAGGUCCGGAGAGAGCUCGCCUGGCCUACUCAUUGGGGAUGACCGAAAGCCAAGUCAAAGUGUGGUUCCAGAACAGGAGGACCAAGUGGAGGAAGAGGCACGCGGCCGAGAUGGCCUCGGCCAAGAAGAAGCACGACUCGGAAACGGAGAAGAUGAAGGAGAGCUCGGACAACGACGAGGACGACGAGUACAACAAGCCGCUGGACCCCAACUCGGACGACGAGAAGAUUACGAGACUGUUGAAAAAGCACAAAAGCGCCGGCGGCGGCAAUUUGGCCCUCAUCAGCCCCUGUAGUAACAGCUCGGACACCUUGUGAUGACCCCGCCCGCAGCACGGCAAAGCGCGGGGAUGCUCCGGACGAGACUUUCGGAGCCCAUUUGCACCUGACACCAUCACCGUGGAGAGGUCACGUAUGGGAGGGACAACCGGAGUUCCAAGAAAAAUGUAAACGCAAUCUGGAUGGCAACUCUAAUCCACAAGUGAACCCAUGUGCUUGUUUGGAUCCCCAUAGGUCCUAUUUUUAUCCCACAUAUAAUUUAGACAAUUUAAAUGGAGAGUCAUCAUUUUGUGAAUGAGUGUGAAUGCUUGUCUUUAUGCGAUUGGGGGGCGAGCAGUCCAGGGCGCAGGCUCGGUUCACCCCUGACCCCGAGGACAAACUAAGCUACAGGGGCAAAAUGGAUGGAUGGAUGGAUGGAUAUUAUUUGGACUCACCUUUCUUUCCUGAUCCGGACUCAACAGCAGUGUGAAAACAUGUCGGGUGUGAAGGGGCUCUGAAGCUUUCAAAGCUCAGUUUAAGCAGGGUAUCUAUCCACUGUCCUAAAAGGCUCAAAGAGAACGAAAACGGAUAGUUAAGGGGCUGCACGUGGCAGCCCAAAGACCACAAAGUAUACAUGAGAUUGUAUGUAUAUAUUUUUUACAGAAUGAAUAACUUAUGUUGUUUAAAGCAGCGGGGAGGGGGACUGUCCUCCUCGCAGCCCUGAUACGCGCUUAUUUCCUCCAUAACAGAGACACUGCUUCCUUUUGACUUUUUUCAAGUCGCACACUUUAAAAUGUUGUAAAUAGACGGUGCAAAGAAAAAAAAAAAAUGUAAUUGGCACAUUUCUGUUUUGACCUCAUCGUCACACGUCACCAUAGAAAACUGGACCAUGUUUUUUUUUUUCGUUGUUGCUUUUAAAGAGUAUUAUUAUUGCAGCUUGUGGGGAGGUUAUAGAGAGGAAGAAAGAAAAAAACACUUUGUAUUAUGAAUAAAUUAUUUAACAAGCAUCUGUUUUUUUGUUUUUUGUCUUAA